CACGUGUUUUGAUUUUUUACCUUUCUCCUCGCAGUACUUUUAUUCGGUAACAUUCAUAUGUGUCGGCUGCACGGUUUUUAACGUCUGUGUUUCGAUUAUCAUCAAUUAUAAAUAAUUUGUAAUUUUUAUUUAAACACAAAACUACAAUUAGUGUUACUACAUUAGAGCCAGAAAAAGAGCAAAGAUUAAAAUGAGUGUGUCUAUGACGUCUAAGGAAAUUCGUCAAUCUUACAUUGACUUUUUCAAAAGUAAGGGACACGAAUAUGUUCAUUCAAGUUCAACAAUACCACAUGAUGAUCCAACUUUACUCUUUACUAAUGCUGGGAUGAAUCAAUUCAAACCAAUAUUUCUUGGUACAGUAGAUCCUAACAGUGAUAUGGCAAAAUGGGUGAGAGUCGUUAAUACUCAAAAAUGUAUAAGAGCUGGAGGUAAACAUAAUGAUUUAGACGAUGUUGGUAAAGAUGUAUAUCAUCAUACUUUUUUUGAGAUGAUGGGUAACUGGUCCUUUGGUGAUUAUUUUAAGAAAGAAAUUUGUAUGUGGGCUUGGGAAUUCUUAACAGUCAAUUUAAAAUUAUCACCUGAUAGAUUAUACAUUACAUAUUUUGGAGGGGAUGAAAAAUCUGGGUUGAAUCCUGAUAAUGAAUGUAAAGAUAUAUGGCUUUCUCUUGGGGUAUCAGCUUCACAUGUUUUACCAGGUAGCAUGAAGGAUAAUUUUUGGGAAAUGGGAGAAACUGGUCCUUGUGGACCAUGCAGUGAAAUACAUUAUGAUAGAAUUGGUGGUAGGGAAGCUGCUCAUUUAGUAAAUAUGGAUGAUCCAAAUGUUUUAGAAAUCUGGAAUCUUGUCUUUAUUCAAUAUAAUAGGGAAUUAGAUGGCAUUUUAAAAACAUUACCAAAAAAGCAUAUUGAUUGUGGUUUAGGAUUGGAACGUUUGGUGUCAGUUAUUCAAAAUAAACAAGCAAAUUAUGAUACUGACUUAUUUAUGCCUCUCUUUGAAGCAAUUCAAAAAGGUACUGGGGCACCACCUUAUCAAGGAAGAGUAGGGGAUGCAGAUAAGGAUGGAAUUGAUAUGGCAUACAGAGUAUUGGCAGAUCAUGCAAGGACAAUAACUAUUGCUCUUGCAGAUGGAGGGAUGCCUGAUAAUACUGGAAGAGGUUAUGUUCUAAGAAGAAUUCUGCGACGUGCUGUACGUUAUGCCACUGAGAAAUUAAAUGCAAAACCUGGUUUUUUUGCAUCUUUGAUAAAUGUAGUAGUAGAAUUACUUGGUGAUGUAUUCCCAGAAGUUAAAAAAGAUCCUCAAAGUAUAAUUGAUACAAUUAAUGAAGAAGAAACACAAUUCUUAAAAACAUUAUCACGUGGACGAAAUUUAUUAAAUCGAACCAUAGCAAAACUUGAAUCUUCUAAGGUUGUUCCAGGUGAUGUUGCAUGGCGUUUAUAUGACACAUAUGGUUUUCCAGUUGAUUUAACACAACUCAUGACUGAAGAGAAAGGUUUGAAAGUUGAUAUGAUUGCUUAUGAAGAAGCAAAGAAACAAGCACAGCUUAUCUCUCAAAAUAAAGUUGGAGGGGUAGAUGAUCAAAUUAAUUUGGAUAUUCAUGCAAUCACAGAAUUGCAAAAUUCAGGAAUACCAGUCACUAAUGAUUUAUCAAAAUAUAAUUACAAUAUAAAAAAUAAUAAUCCAUAUGAUGAAUAUUCGUUUGAGUCGUGCACUAGUACUGUCAUUGCUCUAAGACACGCAAAAACUUUCGUUGAAAAAGUACAUUCUGGACAGGAAGUAGGAAUAUUGUUAGAUAAAACGAAUUUUUAUGCAGAACAAGGUGGACAAAUAUAUGAUGAAGGAUUUUUAGUAAAAGUUGAUGAUGAAGAAACUGAAAUACGGAUUACGAAUGUGCAAGUUAGAGGUGGCUAUGUACUACAUAUUGGUACAGUUGGAGAAGGAGUGCUGAAGAAGGGUGAUAAGGUUUAUUUAAAUAUUGAUACUACUCGUAGACGUCUAAUAAUGAGUAAUCAUACAGCAACUCAUGUUCUUAACUAUGCACUUCGGCAAGUUUUGGGUUUAGAAGCCGAUCAAAAAGGAUCGUUAGUUGCACCUGACAGAUUACGUUUUGACUUCACUAACAAAGGAGCUAUGACUACAGAUCAAGUAAAAAAAACAGAAGAAAUUACGAAUGAUAUGGUACAACAAAAUAAAAAUAUUUAUGCUAAAGAAAGCAAUCUGGCGUUAGCUAAAACUAUUAAAGGAUUACGUGCUAUGUUUGAAGAAACCUAUCCUGAUCCUGUUAGAAUAGUCAGUGUAGGUAUACCAAUAGAAGAAUUGGAAAAAGAUCCUUUGAGUGAUGCUGCAUUGAAGACCAGUGUAGAAUUUUGUGGUGGAACACAUUUACAUAACACAGGACAUAUAGGUGAUUUUGUCAUAGCAAGUGAAGAAGCUAUUGCUAAAGGUAUAAGACGUAUAGUUGCUUUAACUGGACCUGAAGCAAAAAAAGCACUUAAGAAAUCAGCUUUGUUAGAAGAUAAAUUAAACCAGUUAAAAAAUACUAUCAAUGCUGAUAAAAGUGGUACAAAUUCUAAAGAGUAUGUUAAACAGAUAAUAGAACUAAAUGAAGAUGUAUCUCAUGCUAUAAUUUCUAGUUGGAAGAAGGAUAAAAUACGUGCUAUGCUAAAAGAAUUAAAAAAAUCGCUCGAUGAUAAAGAAAGAUUAGCUAAAACUGCCGUCGCUACUGCGGUAGUUGAAACUGUUCAAAAGAUGAUUCAAUCGAAUAUUGGCUGUGCUGUAUUUGUAGAAGUAUUGAAAGCAUUUAGCAAUACAAAAGCUUUAGAUUCUGCAUUGAAAAAGAUUAAAAGUUUAUCACCAGACACUAGUGCAUUAUUGAUAAGUGUUGAUCAAGAUGCCAAAAAAAUCUUUGUUCUUAGUGCUGUCCCUAAAACAGCUAUUAAUAAAGGUUUAAAGGCUAAUGAAUGGAUUCAAGAGAUAGCUCCUUUUAUGGGAGGUAAAGGUGGUGGAAAAGCUGAAUCUGCUCAAGCUUCAGGCUCAAAUAUUUCUUCUUUGAAUAAAAUAAUACAAAAAGCUAAAGAAUUUGCCAAUUUAAAACUUGGGAUUAUAAAUGAAAAAUCAACUAUUCAAGAUCUUCCUUCUAAUUUAACUAUUGGAAACGUAACAAAUACGAAUUCUAUAAAUGUGAAAAUAUUUCCAAAAUUAAUAAUUUUCGGAAAUAAAAAUAGUAUUAGAAGCUACAAAGCUCAAAUUGUAGCUCAAUAUAGUAAUCAAAAUCUUGUAAUAAAAUAUAUUGAAGAUGAUAAGAAUUCUACAACAGAUAUGAUUUUAGAAAUUGGUGAUAUUAAAAUUUGUAAUAGUAGUGCCAUUGCUUAUUAUUUAUCAGAUACUAAUUUAAAAUGUGAAAAUGAUUUAUUUGCUUUUUGUGAAGUACUACAGUGGAUAAGUUACACGGAUAAUCAUCUUUUACCAGCAGUUACAGGUUGGAUUUUAUCGUCUUCUCGAAUAACAUUACCAAAAAAUAUUAAAUUAGAUGGGAAAACUUCAAAAGAAGAUGCAUUGAAUUCAUUAAAGAAAUUAAAUAAUAUAUUACUUAGAAAAACAUAUUUCGUUAAUGAAAGAAUUUCUCUCGCGGAUAUUAUGAUAUUCAGUACUCUGUUACCAUUGUACGAACACGUUUUAACUUCGGAAGUAAGAAAACAAUAUACGAAUUUAAAUAGAUGGUUUUCUACAAUGCUUAAUCAAUCAGAAGUGAAAGCUGUAGUAAAAGAUUUUCAUUUCUGUACAGAAACACUGAAAGUUUAAAGAUAUGAUAAAAGAGUGAAUUAUUCUCAUUUUUAUGAAUAUUUUUACAAUUAUGUAUUAAUAAACAUAUGUUAAGUUAUAUAAAGAUUUCAUUUAUAUUCAUU